AUGCUGCGUACUGUGUCACGAGCAGCCUGUUCAAGAAAUGGCCGGAUAUCUAGCAAGGGUGCCUCGCGCCUUGCCUUUACCACGGCGCCCAAGCGCUGGCUAAAACAGCUCCCUCCGCGACCUGGCCCUCCGCCCGAUUCCGAGAUCGAGGAGUUCUACCUCAAGGGCAGCGGCCCGGGAGGACAAAAGAUUAAUAAAACAAACUCGGCCGUCCAGCUGCGCCACACCCCAACUGGUAUUGUCGUCAAGUGCCAGUCGACGCGCUCAAGGGAUCAGAACCGCAAGGCUGCGCGCGAGAUUCUGGCCCAGAAGAUCGACGAGUUCCGCAACGGCGACCAGGCACGCUCGGCCAUUGUGGGCAGGAUCAAACAGAAGAAGUCGGCGAGUGCUGAUAAGAAGAAGCGUCGGAAAUACAAAAAACUCGAGGAAGGCAAAGAAUCGGGAGCAGAGGCAGCUAUCGAGGGAGAAGCCGAUUCAACCCUAGCUGAAGACCGAAACGAGCCUGUCGAGGAAAGUAUAAGGGACAUAGGUGCAGAUACCCCCAAAGCAAUCCCAUGA